CCUUCGUAAUAUGCCUUCAAUUUCCAACGUUCUUUUUUUGUCUUUUUUUUUUAAAAAAAAAAAGUAAAAAAAUAAAUUAGGGUAGUUGGGUGGAUGGGGUGUUGUUGUUUCCUCCAUCCAUUUUGGAAAUUUAUGAAUAACACUAAAUAUCACUAUAUUAGUAGUAUUCAUUAUCAGUGUAUUUUUUAAAAAUGUAAAAUUUAAUUUAUUUAAAGGUUAAUCUAAUAAAAUUAUUCAUAUUUAUGGAUGUGCCAAGCCCAAGUUGGGCUAUUAAAUGGAAGAUCCUCCAUCUAAUGCUGUUUCCUUUAAAUUGUUUUAUUAUUGAAGUGCCGUUCUUCUCUCUUACUUGACGCUCCUGUGGCCGCUUGACCAGUUUUUUCCUUCUUUACUACCAUGGCAGAUAAUCGGCAACCUAUUUUGCGAAAAGAUAGUGCCUCAAAUGCGCUGCAUCCACUGGCCAAGCUGAAUCGUCUGCACUUUUGGCUUCUGGUGGCACUCAACAUUAUUUUCCUUCUCGUUGGUCAAGCUGCUGCUGUUAUUUUGGGAAGAUUUUACUAUGAGAAGGGUGGAAAGAGUAAAUGGAUGGCCACCGUUGUCCAGACAGCUGCUUUUCCUAUUCUUUUCAUUCCUUACCUAUUCAUUUCUUCUCCUCAAUCUAAUUCAGAAGGCUCCAACCGACCUUCUAUCAUCACAGUUAGUGUUGUCUAUUUCGUAAUUGGUGUAUUUGUUGCAGGAGAUAACAUGCUCUAUUCUAUCGGUCUAUUGUAUCUCUCUGCUUCUACUUAUUCCCUUAUUUGUGCAACGCAAUUGGUUUUCAGUGCAAUCCUUUCUUUCUUCAUAAACCAUCAAAAGUUCACAGCAUUGAUCAUGAAUUCUGUCGUUGUGCUCUCCUUAUCUGCCUCUCUUCUUGCUAUUAAUGAUGAUUCUGAUAAGCCUGCAGGCGUAACUAAGUCAAAAUAUGUCAUUGGAUUUCUAGUUACUCUCGCUGCUUCAGCUAUGUAUGCUCUCUUGCUUUCCCUUAUGCAGCUUUCAUUCCAAAAGGUUCUAAAGAAAGAAACGUUUUCUGUGGUUUUGGAGAUGCAAAUUUACACAGCACUUGUAGCCACAGCGGUCUCUACAAUUGGUCUCUUUGCUAGUGGAGAAUGGAAGACUUUGCACGGGGAAAUGGGUGGUUUUACUGCUGGAAAAAUUGCGUAUGUCAUGACUCUGGUUUGGACAGCUAUAGCUUGGCAGAUUUGCUCAGUUGGGGUUGUUGGUUUGGUUUUCGUGGUGUCCUCAUUGUUCUCUAAUGUCAUUAGUACGCUUUCCUUGGCGAUCACCCCUAUUGCUUCUGUGAUAAUCCUUCAUGACAAGAUGAAUGGUGUGAAGAUAAUCGCCAUGCUGAUGGCUAUUUGGGGCUUUGGUACUUACAUAUACCAGAAUUACAUUGACGAUCUUAAGGCGAAAAAACCACCAAGCGCCAUUGAUGAUGCUCCACACGAGUCAAGAUCUUGCUGAUAGGCUAUAGUUUUAAGAAAUUAUUAAAGAGUUUCUGGAACUCAUAGCUAAUAUUCUUUAGAUACUUGCUUGUAGUUAGAAAUUUUGUUCUAUUAGGAAUUAUCAUUAUACAAAUACCUAUUAAUAGCAAUGACAAUUUAGUUGCAAAA